AGUAUUUUUUUCUCAAAUUUUACUUCGUUCUUCAGUUUAUCAAAAAUGGCGAAAGUCGGUGCUCGUUCAAUCGGAAUUUUAACAAUUUUUCUAAUUAUUUACAAUAUAAAUCUAUGUGCAACAAAUCCACAAUAUGAAAACGACAAAAAGACUCAAUAUGAAAGUGUUCAAAACACACCAAGUCCAACCAUAGCAACAGCCUCAGCACAACUCAAUGCCACUGCAUCUGGUUCAGCGGCCACACCCGUUGUUGUGCCCUACAGUAAUCGACCCCUUUUGGGUGUCAAUGGUACGGGACAACGUAAAGAUAUGACCGAUAAAGCCACAAAAGUCGCAAGUACUACCGUACAACCAGAAACGAUAAAAGCCAAUAAUGAUGACGGUAGCAGUAGUAGUGAUGCAAAGAAAAAUCUUAAUCAAUAUCCUAAAAAAGCUUUAGGUUCAACGUUGGGAGCUUCGGCAACAUUAACAAAAACAGGAGCAACAGUUGCAGCUGGAGCUGCAGUAGGUGGUGGUACAGUUGCGGCAACAGUGGCAGCUGGUGUACAGAAAGAGGAGGAAACUGAGGAAGAGAAAAUUAUCGAUACCAUAGAUGUGCCCGAGAAUGAGACAUUAGAUGCUUUGAAACAUAAUAAUUUAACGGUGAAUCAAACUGAGGAUCAUCAUCAUUACUAUAAUAGUACAAUUGUUGUGGACAAAGAAAAAGCUGAUACAUACUGGAAUGAAAUUAAAAAUAUGUCCCCUAACUGGAUGUUAUCACAAUCACAUCGUAGAGCUAUGACUGUUGUUUUGAGUUUCGAUUUUCCCUUCUAUGGUCAUCCUGUAAGAAAUGUUACCGUGGCCACUGGUGGCUUUAUUUACACUGGCGAUUAUGUACACUCUUGGUUAGCGGCAACACAAUAUAUAGCUCCACUUAUGGCCAAUUUCGAUACCAGUCUAUCAAAUGAUUCAUAUGUGCGUCUAAAUGAUACCGGUUCCAGUUUUACAGUCAUUUGGGAAAAUGUUAAUCUACAAGAUAAACCAGAAGUGGGCAAAUUCACUUUUAGUGCCACAUUGCAUAAAAAUGGUGAUAUUGUUUUUACUUAUUUCUCAGUGCCGAUUUUUGUUAAUGCCAUACAAGAUGACAAACAUCCUGUCAAGGUUGGUCUCUCCGAUGCCUAUAUUAUUGACAAAGUUGUCUACUUCGCUCGUAGAAAAACAAUUUAUGAAUAUCAUAGAGUUAAUUUUGCCAAUGCCGAGAUUACAAAUUCCACAAUCAUCACUUUGAAAGCUUUACCCACUUGUCUUGAAUAUACCGAUUGUGCCUCAUGUGUAAAUCAUGUCACUGCAUUUAAUUGUACAUGGUGUCCAAACUUAAACAGAUGUUCCACCGGUACAGAUCGCAAAAAACAAGAUUGGCUAGCCCGUGGCUGUGAUCGCAACUUUGUAACCGAAGAAACCUUCUGUCCUGCCAUCGGUCAAAAGGGUAAUAAUGCCAAUCAAAAUGAUAAUACAACAUCUACAACAGUUGUAGAUGGUAACACCACUAACAAUAGUAAUCACAAAGAUGAUUCAUUACAUCCCUUUAAACCCUAUAAUCCUACAGGUUUAGAAACAUCCUCAACCUCAACGGAGACACCAUUGGAGAAAUCCAAUACAGAUUUUCAUACUGGUACACAAAUGAAAUCAAUGGUUGAUGAAUCGGCCGAACGUAAAAGUAUGGGCGUAACAUUGGGUGUAUUCGUGCCCAUAUGUUUGUUGUCGUGUGCCUUGCUAUGGAUACUUUAUGCCUAUAGAAAUCCUCAUACAAGAAGUGGUCAACUUCUUAUACAGUAUCGUCCCAGUCAGUGGUCUUGGAGGCGUGGCGAAGCUCGUUAUACAGCCGCAACGAUACACAUGUAGAAAAUUGUAUAAUUUUAAUUUUAAAGAAACUUUCUUCGCCUUUGACUUUUUUUAACUUGUUACCAAACCUCUAUAAUUUGUGUGUAUUUUUUAUUAUUUGUAAAAUCUUUUAUAAAUUCUUUACACUCCUAAGAUUUCAAAAACAUCGACAUAAUCUGUCUAUAUCUUUUACUCUAUUAUUACUAUUGUGUUAAAACUUUUUAAAUUUAUAAAAAAAAAAA